AUGUCCUCGUCGUCCACGACCGCGUGCUCGCGGUCCUCCUCGCCUUCGCCGGCGACACCAGAAUCAAUAGACGUCCCUGAACAAGCUUACAGCUCCGAGGACCUCUCUGCUUGGUGUCAUUCGCUCGUGACGUCCGGCUACGUGAAAGGGGACGCGCAGAGACCAGUCGAUGAAGGUCAUGCGAAUGCCGGCCACAUGCUGAGGCUGGAGGAUCUGCUGCAGGAUGGCCUCUAUCAAGAGGCGAAACCAGUCGCGUCUGACCAGACCUUCUCACUUGAUCCUCUUGCUCUAUCAAAGCUCGCACUCCCUCAGGAUUAUCAACACUCCACUCCCUCAGCAUUGUCUCAGGUUGCGGGCCCUGUAAAGCCCGUACCUCCACCACCAUCACAGCCCCGCCCGGACCACGCCUUGAUGGCGCAACGUGUAGUUUAUCCACCGAAAGAGGCAUGCCAGAAUUUGCCCAUAAUCAUUCCUAACAUUCCGGAGGGCGGGACGAAGUCUAGAGUUGAGACCCAAGUCCGUUUAACGGUUGACCUUGCACACGCAAGCGCAUCGUCCGGCGAACCGCUCAAAUAUGAUAGAGUGGGAACAUGGAAGUGGGUUAGGCUGCCGAGGGGGACGUCAACCAAGAGAAGGACGCGAAAGGAGGGCAAAAUAGAUGCCUCGCCAGAAGAUACGCUAUACCUCACAGCCGAGGUUACGUGCGCCACGGCUCCUCAUACCCGCGUUACGUGUUGUACGAGUUGUCAAGCGAGAGAGGCCAAACGAGUGGCCAGGAAGAUUGCGGCUCGAGUGAGACCUUCCCGCUCUGAUGCUGAAUCGCAAGACGAAGCUCCUGUCAUACCUGGGAGAGGUGUGCAUGAAGAUGCGUCAAACAUCGUCCAAUUCAACUGCCCAGAGGUCCUCGAUUUCUCGAGUGGCUCCGUUAUUCUUCCUCUGCGGAUCACUUGCUAUUGUCGACACCACCGAGAGAAGACAGGGUUCAAUGUCCACCUCGCUAUGCUUGAUCGCUACGGCCGAGUUGUUGGUACAGGCAUGACUAGGCCUAUUAUGAUCACCGACGACCACAAGACGACGGGUGCGCAGAAGGCCGCGCAAAACAACGACACGGCUCUAGGGGAGUCCUCCGAUAUGGGAGGCUCUGUGAAGCGCAAGAAAACGACACCGUCUGAGCGAGUCAAGAAGCGCACAAAGCCCUACGACGUUGGGCAGAGUGCAGGGAGGACCGUGCGCAGAGGCAGUAGUGCCAGCGCAGAUUCGCCCUUGUAUGCAGCGUCGCCCGCGGCAACGCGCUCAUCGUCUCCACUACAGAACUACGCGCAUAGUCCGCUCUCUGCGUUCUCGCCGGUCGAGUCGCAUGGCCCUCUGCAGUCUGUGUUCGACUUCAAUCCUCCUACUCUGGAAGGCGCUCCUACAUCCAUGGAUUCAGAUGUCCCGAUGGCACAAGAUGUGCGCCCGGGGGCUGUCGCUACCAUGCAUCAGCUCGCCAGCUCGUUCCUGCCUCCUCCGCCUUCUGAUUCCCAAAUCACUCCUGCUCCGUUCUUCAUGUUCGCUCAAGACCCUCCGCCGCCCAUGUCGAGCCUUCCUGUACCCAAGGUUCACCGGUUGAUACCCGCCUCCGGGCCUACAUUCGGUGGCAUUGAAGUGACCGUGCUCGGUGCUAACUUCCACCCCUCGAUGCAAUUGAAUCUGCUGUUCGGCGGUGCUCCGUCGACCUCUACGCAGCGGUGGAGCGAUAAUACGCUUGUGUGCUUGCUUCCCCCUAGAGCGGACCCGGGUAUCGUUACGGUCUGGUUUGAGGGUGUGGACAAAGGCGACGAUAGCAUCCCUCCGUGCUUGUUCACUUACACAGACGAGACGGAUAGAGCCUUAAUGGAACUUGCGCUCCAGGUCGUCGGCCUGAAGAUGACAGGCAAGAUCGAGGAUGCCAGAAAUGUAGCGAUGCGCAUAGUUGGCAAUACCAAUACAGAAGGCGCGGACGGUGCCGCAGCUCCCAUCGACAACGCCAUGCAACUGGCUUCUGGCCUGGACAUGACGCCCAACUUCCGGAGCCUCCUGCUCAGCCGCGCUGGGAACGACGGCAAUUUCGAACGAGUGCUCUUGGACUUCCUCUCCAUUUUGGAUUACUCCGUCGACAAAGUCGCGUCCUCCCGUUCAACGGCCAUAUCCCACUCUACACCGAGUGGGCAGACCCUCCUCCACUUGGCGACUAUGGCGAAGUUCCCGGCCCUGGUCAAGUUCUUGGUGUCCCAUGGUAUCGAUGUCGAUGCUCGUGACAAGAACGGUUGUACCGCGUUGCAUUACGCCGGUAUCGUCCGGUCCGCUGAAUGUGCGCGGGCGCUACUCGGUGCUGGUGCAGAUAUGGAAGUCGUCGACGCCCUGGGCAAGACCCCCGCCGAGGUUGCUCCCAUUGGGUUUUUCGACUUCGCGUUAUCUGAUGGCGACACGAGCCACCUUGCUGACAAUGACGAGGAAGAGGCUGCUUGGGGAGACGGCGAAGAGGAAUCCGACGAGGAAACGGAGAUGAAGAGCAGAGCACGGCGCCGCGUUGGACGCAAGUCCGCGCUGCGAAGGCGCCGAUCAUCCCAUGCGCUUCCUGAACAAGACCCGAACGCCACGGCUCAUGCCGGGCCUCGUGCAAGCGAGUUGAAGAAGGCCACAGAGGCAGGCAUGCCGGACGAGAAGCAGGUGGCUUCCUUCAUGGAGACGCUGCUGCAGCGUGCGUUCGCUCAGUGGCAGCACCCUCAAGGCAUGAUCCCGAACAUGCCUGCUGCACUACACAACCUCCCCAUGCCUCACUUGCCGAACCUUCCUGGUAUUCCGGCAUGGAACGCGCUCCAGCAGGUUCCGGCCGUCUUCCCCGUCUUCAUACCCAUCCCCGCAUUGGCUAACCUGUGGGGUGAGAGACGCACGGACAACGAACAGCAGCCGGCGCAAGACGCCAGCGACAAGCGGCGGCCGGUACACGAGGAGAAUGGUGCUGUCGAGACCGCAGCGCAUCUUCUGCCCUCGCAGGACUGGCGCAGUUUCUGGGAGAAGAUGAUGGCUCAAGCUGGCAUGACUCUCAGACCGAACGACGAGUCCGUCGAUGCUCCUCCGGCAUAUUCGCCUCGGGCUGUCAAUGAGGAAACUCCGACCCAAAUAACCAACCAGGAGCCCAUAGGGUCGUCUUCUUCGGUCAAGCGCAGCGCAGCCCUGGCCAAAGCGUCUUCUCGACAUGUGGAGCAUCCGACGGCCGCAAUACCAGAGCAGGAAUUGGAUGCGUACGUCUACAGGCCUGCGCAUAAGCCUUCGAGAAAGCAAAAGAAGAAGCAUGACCGGAUGCUCAUUCUAUUUUGGAUACCAAUCUUGAUGAUCGGGGUGAUGUGGGCUUUCUUCCAGUUUAUAUGCAUGGCGUUCCAAGCAACAAGAACCGUACUAGUGUUCAAAGCGGGUAUAAAGGUGUAG